AUGCCCGGUCCCGAACAUGGAUCCCCGGCAACGAAACUCGAGACUGUCGCAGUGAUGUGGAGGAACCUAAGCAGCUCCGAGAAAGAGACUCUUAAGGAGAAAGCUGAAAAGAACAAGCUCGCCAACAAAGCUGCGUUUGAAUCGUGGAUUGAGACAUACACUCCUCACCAGAUCAGGGAUGCUAACAGGGCCCGCCGUUACCUCAACCGUGUGAUAAAGCAAAACCUCAAACUUCUCAAGGAUCACCGCGAACCUCAAUACCCGAUCACUCCGUACCUGCGGUUCCUGGUAGAGCAACACCAUUCUGGCGAAUUUGACUCAAUCAAGGACAUCAAGGAGCGCACUGCUCACAUUGCUGAGGCAUGGAAGACCGCUCCCGAGUGGAAGAAACAGGCAAGACCACCUAGAGAUAUGUCUGUUCAAACGUACUAA